AUGAGAUUUGCAACAUCCAUUGUAUUCGCGUUGUGUACUGCGUCAACACAUGCUCGGCCGAACGAGCAAAAGACAUGCGUGAUCAAUUCAAGUGGCACCAAUGAAACAGACGAUGCGCCAGCGAUACGUGCUGCAUUCAAAGAGUGCGGUCAGCACGGCAAGGUUGUGUUUAAGCCUACGACAUACUUCGUCAACUCUGUUCUAAACAUCAACGGACUUGAAGAUGUCGACAUAGACGUUCAAGGUGAACUACUGUGGAGUACUGACAUCCAAUAUUGGUUGAAUGCCUCUUUGCCCGUCGGGUACCAAAACCAAUCAACUGCAUUUAGACUCGGCGGCAACAAUGUGCGAAUUAACGGUCAUGGGGUCGGAACGUUCAACGGUAAUGGCGACUAUUGGUACGAGUGGAUCCGGGAGCAACCAAAUACAUCAAACUAUCCAGGGCGGCCUCACCAGAUUACGUUUGAUGGUCUUACAAACUCAGUCGUCAAGGGACUGAACUUUCUAAGAAGUCAGAUGUGGACUAUGUCUAUCAUUCGUAGUCACGACAGCAUCUGGGAGGACAUUUUCGUCAACAACACAGGCAACCGGGUAUCAAGCUCCAACACCGACGGUGCCGACACAUUCUUCUCUAGUAACCUACUGUUCCGGAACUGGACCGUGUACAAUGGCGAUGACUCUUUCAGCUGCAAAGCAAAUAGCACAAACAUUACACUACUGGACUCACACUUUUAUCAUGGUCUUGGGAUCGCCAUCGGCUCAAUUGGCCAGUACAAUGAUCAAUUUGAGAUUAUCGAGAACAUACGUGCAGAAAAUGUGUAUUUCGAAGACACUUUGCACGCAUUUUAUGUCAAAACAUGGACAGACGACCAGAACGGGUACCCGCCAAAUGGCGGGGGCGGUGGUCUUGGAUUUGCGUCCAACAUGGUGAUGAAGAAUCUUACCAGCAAGGGCAUGCGUGGUGGCGCAUUCACAAUCAGCCAAUGUACUCGCUUCAUUGGUGCACCAGGACAAGGAAAUUGCACGAAUAGCCAGUUCCAGGUACGCAAUGUUGCUAUCGAUGGUCUCAAGGGCACAACAAAAGAUCGCCGGGUUGUGAGCUUGCAAUGCAGCAGUGUGGCACCGUGUACUAAUAUUACACUGAGCAAUAUCGACAUCAAGUAUGCUAACGGCACGACGGUGCCCAACUACUUGUGUGGAAAUGUUGUAGGCAACAAGGGCUGGGAGUGCACUGGUCCGGUGUGUGUUGGGGGUAGCUCUACAGGAGGAUGUUGA